UAGGUAGACACUGAAGAAUUGCUUUCAAGCUUGAAUCCUCAGCCGUUAGCCAACGAACAAAGAAACCAAUUAUCCACAAUGGUGCACUGGACCGAUGCAGAGCGUGAGGCCAUCAAUACCUUCUGGGCCAAGAUUGACCAUGAGGAAGUUGGCCACCAGGCCCUGACCAGGGUGCUGGUUGUGUACCCCUGGACACAGAGGUACUUCAGCACAUUCGGCAACCUUUCCAACGCCACCGCCAUUGCUGGUAACCCCAAGGUCCGUGCUCACGGCAAGAGGGUGCUGGAUGCUCUCGGUGACGCUAUCACUCACUUGGACAACGUGAACGCAACUUACGCCAAGCUGAGCCAGCUCCACUCUGAGAAGCUCCACGUCGACCCCGAGAACUUCAGGCUGCUGGGUGAGACCCUGAUCAUCGUCCUGGCCGGUCACUUCGGUGCAGCCUUCACUCCCGCUAUCCAGGCUACUUGGCAGAAAUUCCUGGCUGUUGUGAUCGCCGCUCUCAGCAAACAGUACCACUAAACACCAGCCAUCUUACCCCAUGCCAGCGACAAGAAUGGGACAAGCACAACAACAUUGUGUCCGUACUUUUCAAAAUCUCUGGUGCAAGCCUCACGCACCGGCCUGUUGAAAACUACAUCUUUGUUUAUUUUCAGUCGUUGAAGCUUUGAUAAAUAAAACAGUUUAUUCUUCAA